CAUUAGACUCCGGAGAGCCUGGACUCGUUUCUCCUCCUUCCCCCUCUCUGCUUCUGGCUUGCUCCAUCCCUCUCCCGUCUCCCCACACCACAACCCGAGACCCGCUGGUGUGCGGGGCGGGGGACAAGGACCGCGCCGCUGCCGGAGUUCUGGGAAGUUGUGGCUGUCGAGGAUGGGGGUCUGUGGGUACCUGUUCCUGCCCUGGAAGUGCCUCGUGGUCGUGUCUCUCAGGCUGCUGUUCCUUGUACCCACAGGAGUGCCCGUGCGCAGCGGAGAUGCCACCUUCCCCAAAGCUAUGGACAACGUGACGGUCCGGCAGGGGGAGAGCGCCACCCUCAGGUGUACCAUAGAUGACCGAGUCACCCGUGUGGCCUGGCUAAACCGCAGCACCAUCCUCUAUGCUGGGAAUGACAAAUGGUCCAUAGACCCUCGUGUGAUCAUCCUGGUCAACACACCAACCCAGUACAGCAUCAUGAUCCAGAAUGUGGAUGUAUAUGAUGAGGGCCCAUACACCUGCUCUGUGCAGACAGACAACCACCCUAAAACUUCCCGGGUCCACCUCAUAGUGCAAGUUCCUCCCCAGAUCAUGAAUAUCUCCUCAGACAUCACUGUGAAUGAGGGAAGCAGUGUGACCCUGCUGUGUCUUGCUAUUGGCAGACCAGAGCCAACUGUGACAUGGAGACACCUGUCAGUCAAGGAAGGCCAGGGCUUUGUGAGUGAGGAUGAAUACCUGGAAAUCUCUGACAUCAAACGUGACCAGUCUGGGGAAUAUGAAUGCAGCGCCUUGAAUGAUGUGGCUGCACCUGAUGUGCGGAAAGUAAAAAUCACUGUAAACUACCCUCCCUAUAUCUCAAAAGCCAAGAACACUGGUGUGUCUGUUGGUCAGAAGGGUAUCUUGAGCUGUGAAGCUUCUGCGGUACCUAUGGCUGAAUUCCAGUGGUUCAAGGAAGAUACCAGGCUAGCCACUGGCCUGGGCGGUGUGAGGAUUGAGAACAAAGGCCACAUAUCCACUCUGACUUUCUUCAAUGUUUCGGAAAAGGAUUAUGGGAACUAUACUUGUGUGGCUACAAAUAAGCUUGGGAACAGCAACGCCAGCAUCACACUGUAUGAAAUAAGCCCCUCAUCAGCAGUGGCAGGGCCUGGAGCAGUCAUUGAUGGUGUAAACUCGGCUUCUAGAGCACUGGCUUGUCUCUGGCUAUCAGGGACCCUCUUUGCCCACUUCUUCAUCAAGUUUUGAUAAGAAAUCAUAGGUCCUCUGAGCAACGCCUGCUUCUCCAUA